AGUUUGGAGAUUAGGGAAGUCGCUUCCGGCUCCCGCGGGGGGUUCAGGAAUUUAGACUUCAGCCAGAACGGGUGUAACCUAAGAUACAUUAAUGGCCCCGGAGGUACGUAUCCCAUACCUACCGGUACCUACAUAAACUCAGGUUCCGCACCCAUUCCAACUUCCAUUCGUCAAAACACCGCUAGCGAAACCGUCAAUUUCAAGGUUCAAUCGUACCAAUUGAGAUCGCCAUGGCUCAUGAAAUUCCCCAAUCCCUGAAGGCGUCGCUGGACGCUACUAAAGUCGAGUAUCGCAGACUUGGGAACAGCGGCCUACAGAUCUCGGUCCCGAUAUUCGGAUGCAUGAGCUUCGGCGACAGCAAAUCGCAGAAUUGGGCCGUUGACGAAGAUGAGGCUCUGCCGCUACUCAAGUACGCCUACGACAAGGGCCUCAACACGUGGGACACGGCGAACGUCUACUCGCAGGGCGCUAGCGAAGUCAUUGUCGGGAAGGCGAUCAAAAAGUACAAGAUCCCGCGCGAGAAGGUGGUCGUGAUGACGAAGUGCUUCUGGGCCGUCGGCGAGACGCCCGAGGUCCGGCACUUCCUGCACGGCGAGGCGGUCGACAAGUCCAAGGACUACGUCAACCAGUACGGGCUCUCACGCCUCGCCAUCUUCAACGCGGUGGAGGCGUCGCUGCGGCGCCUCGACCUCGACUACGUCGACGUGCUGCAGAUCCACCGCUACGACCCGCACACGCCGAUCGAGGAGACGAUGAAGGCGCUGCACGACCUCGUGCAGGCCGGCAAGGUGCGGUACAUCGGCGCGAGCAGCAUGUGGGCCGUCCACUUCGCGCGGUACCAGUUCGCGGCCGAGCUGCACGGCUGGACCAAGUUCAUCUCCAUGCAGAACCACUACAACCUGCUGUACCGCGAGGAGGAGCGCGAGAUGAUCCGCUUCUGCAACGACACCGGCGUCGGGCUGAUCCCGUGGGCGCCGCUCUGCCGCGGCCACCUCGCGCGCCCGCCCGCCGACUUCGGGUCCACGUCGCGUAGUAAGCUCGAGAAAGACACUUCGCCCGGCUCCCACGGCACCGUCGAGCCCGACCUGUCCAUCAUCGCGCGCGUGCAGGAGAUCGCGGCGAAGCGCGGCUGGCCCAUGAGCCACGUCGCGCUCGCCUGGAUCAACAAGCGCGUUACGAGCCCCAUCAUCGGCUUCUCGAGCGCGAAGAGGGUCGACGAGGCUAUCGAGGCCGGCGGCAAGGUGCUCACGGACAAAGAGGAGAAGUACCUCGAGCAGCUGUAUCAGCCGAAGCAGGUCUCGGGCCACGUCUAGUGAACGAGCAGAAGGGGCUGAAGGGGCUGGUAUGGAGGGCUUGGAUGGGUUUUGUUAUACCUAAGAUGAGGUUGGGAAUGUGCUUGGUACCACGGGACCUGCGGAAAUUGCGUUCAUAGCAUCGGGUUUUUACGAGACUUGGCAAUUAGGCUAAUGGUCUCUCGAUUGGGAAUU